GACAGGGAGUUGUCGCUGGGAACAGCCUCGACACCCAGCAGGCUAAGGGACUCCGCCAGAUAAUCUUCCGGGUCUUGAGACCCUGGGGUACUCGAGCGUGAUCCCAACUCCUUGUCGCUCAUUGUGAGAGGCUUAGCGGCUUUGGCCUUUUCUCAAUGGGUGGCAAACAGCUCGGAUCCGGCAAGCUGAGGAAUGGGACGGUGUGACAGACCGAUCGAUCCAACUGUCACAUCUGCGAGGAUGGCACGCUGAGCAUCCAGACUCAAUCGUACUGGCACACUCUACUUAAGCGAUUUGUGUAAGACUCUGUACCACCUCGUUGGUCCCCAUGGAACCGAAAGACCAGGGAUAUAAAGUUCGAAAUACAAAGCAUCCCUCUACGUUGCUUCCCAGGGGCUCUCAAAUCUUCAUAGUCGAAGGGAAUGAAUUUUUGGUACCCAGAGCCCUUCUUGCUCACAUCAGCGAAGUCUUCAGGGGUAUAGACUCUACUGAGGACUCCGAUGAACCCAUCAUGCUGGAUGAUAGCGCCGAAGCAUUCCGUGAUUUUGUGGAUGUUUUGUUCGACCCUUUCACUUCUUGUCUGGUUCAAGAAAACCCCGACCUAAGGCAACUUCUUCACGUAUUGCAGGUCGCGCACAAAUAUUGUGCCAAUGACAUUGAGGAACGUGCCCGCAAAAUUGUUUCAAGGAUGACGCAAGACAUGAUCCGUCUUCACUUGGGACCAAAUCUUUCUGCUCUUGAUGUCUUUCGUAUCGCGAGCAAGGCUUGCUGCCCGGCUAUUGCAGAGGACGCUUGGGAUAUCGUGCUGGAAUCUUACAAGAAACACAAAGUCGACAGCAAAUCGCUCCUCGAUGAGGGAUUACAUUCGGGAUUCGAAAAGUUUCUGCUUUCUGCCUAUUAUAAUAUCAUGAUUCAGGGACCCACACAUUGGGAGAAGGAUACAGCUCUAACAUCCGAUGUGAAAAACACACUUGCUUUUGGAACCCUAAGGUGCAUGGGAGACUGGGAGGCUUUAAUGGCGCGACUCGCUUCGGGAAAACUGGAUAUACCCCUUCCCACGAACGUCGAGCCAGAACGGGAGUCCGUCUCGAUCUCACCUUCACCGUUCUGCGACUACCACUUCACUGGCGGGUAUUACUCCGAGAUCGCCUUCAUAGCACAGGUUUAUUCCUACUACGGAGUUUCGCCGUACGACGUGGUGGGAAAGUUGCAUGCCUGU